GUCUUGUAGCCGGAAAUUUUUUAUCCGGUACGGCUUGGUUUUUUCUUUUAUUGUUUACUUUCUAUUUCCUAACUUGUAUAUUGCACGGGUUUUUUGGAUCACUCGUCGUCCUACCUCAGGUCUGCACAGUCAUGCACUGUUUUUCUAGUCUGCCAACAAUUUUUUCACCAUGUUUUUGAAUAAAUAUGAUCAUCAAACGACAUGCGUUAGCUAGCUGUAUUCAGGAGACAGCAUAGUGAAAAAAUUGCAGAAUACAGAAAUCAACCAUGGCUCAGAAGGGAGAAACUUCUACUCCAGAAAAUACAUCAAGAAGAGUAAGAACACUCACACCUAAAGCACAAGAAGUUUAUCUGGAUAAAGUGAACAGAUAUGAAUUCAUAAUUUCACGUUGCAUUGAUGAAAUAAAGAAUAUUUUAAUGGAUAUAGCAUCCUGCAGUAAAGAAAUAAAGGUCUUAACAUCAUCAAAAACCGACCUUGAAAAUAGCCAUAAACGCUAUCAAGACAUUUAUCAAGAAUUUAGUGAAUUCCUGUCUAAUACAUACACUAAAGAAAGUAUUGAAAAGUUGGCUUUUGUUGAGAGAGACUUUCAAAACAUAGAUAAGAAAGUUCAAAACGCUUUAGUAAAAUUACAAGAUGACAUUGAUUUUGUGCAAUUGGAAACUUAUUCGAGUACAUCCCACAAUACUUCCAAAUCUACAUCACUUAGCCGACGCUCAGUGCGUUCCCUACAAAAAGCAAAAGAAGCAGAAACUCGUCUGAAAAUUGCUGAGCAAUCUGCUCAACUUAAAAAACAGAAAUCAAAAAUCGCCGUAGAAGAGAAAAUUCACUUAGCACAAAGUCAACAACAACGGGAAGAUCUGGAUACAGAAUUAGAUCUACUUCAAAAACAAGCAGAACUCGAACUGGCAAAUAUGCAGCUGGAAUUCGAACUUGAAGAGGAGGGAGAAAGUAUCAAACAUGAAGAUCUAGGACCCAACAUGCCCACUGUUCCAAGUAUAUCUGGUGAUCAGAAGACAAGAAACUUUGUUGAUAAUCUUACAUUAAACCAAGAUGUGAAACCUUCUGGUCGUAGAGUUCGUACUAAUUAUCAGCAGGAAGCGAAUCCUGAUUCAGACAAAGAAAAUCAUCCUGUACAUACUUCAGAUGUCCGUCAUCAUGAUCAACAAAGCAGAGACAACGAUAACCGUACCCCACUACAAACUACUUUGAAUUUACCUUUACAGAACAAUUCAAAUUCCUCAAAUUAUCUUCUCAAGAAAAACUUAUUGUUGGAAAGUUUUCAGCAACAACGUUUUGAUGACAAAUCAGAUAGAUAUGUGGUGUGGAAAUCACAGUUUAAGACAAUGGUGUCAGAAAUCUGCUGUUCUCCGUUAGAAGAAAUGACUCUUUUGACAAACUGUACGAACAAAAACUCAGAAGCUCACCGAUUGAUCAUGAGCCUAAGAGCGUCCUAUGCAAGUGAUCCAAAGUUAUGUUUAGUGAACAUUUGGAAACGUAUGGAUGAAAGAUUUGGCUCCCCAGAAUUACUUGAAUCAUCAUUGAAAUCUAGACUACAAGCUUUUACGAAUUUCACAGACCCAAAGAAGUUGUAUGAACUCCAUGACUUACUUUGUGAGAUACAAGCCGUAAAAAGCAUUCCAGAAUACAGUGUCAUGUUUUCUUACCUUGAUUCAUCCUUAGGAUUGAAACCUACAAUUCAACAACUUCCUCGUUUUCUCCAGGAUAAGUGGAUCAAUCGUGUGGUCAAUUACAAAAAAGAACAUUCAACAGCCUUCCCUCCUUUUGGUGAAUUUGUAUCUUUUAUUGGUGAGAUGAGCAUCAUCAGAAAUGAUCCUGGAUUGAUGUUUGAUACUUCUAAACAACCUCGAUUUGACCGCAAAGAUACAAAAGUCAAAACUGUGUUUACUCACAAAACUGACAUUUCAUCUGAAACAGCAAACAUUGGACAUCAAUGUUUGAUUCACAAAGGAUCCAAACAUACCAUAAACAAGUGUAAAGCUUUCAGAACCAAAAGUAUCGAGGACCGUAAACAUAUUUUACGUGAUCAUAACAUUUGCUUUCGUUGCUGUGAAACAUCAGACCACUUCGCUAAUCGUUGCAAAGCUAGAAUUUUGUGUGAUGUGUGUAAAAGUAACUAUCAUUGUACCGCUCUUCAUGAGGAUGUUAGUUACCGUCAAAUGUCGAGGAACUUUCCUUCACCACAAACCCAUGGCGAGGAGGAAAACUUUUCUUCUGGAAUUGUGAACCAGUCCGUCACUACUAAGUGUACCGAUAUUUGUUGUGAAUUCAGUGGAAAGUCGUGUGCAAGGAUUGUACCAGUGCGGGUGUUUGUUCAAGGUCAACCUGAAUCAUCGAUACUCACUUACGCCAUGUUGGACGACCAAAGCAACAGAACUCUCGGUAAAAGUUACCUUUUCGACGCUUUGUGUAUCAAGACCAUGGCAGUGGACUAUACUAUGCAAUCAUGUUCAGGCAAGAUUGCAACACGAGGACGCAUUGUUGACAACCUUAUCGUAGAAUCGAUCAAUGACAAUCGCCAAUUAAAGUUACCACCUGUGUUGGAGUGUGAUAGUAUACCCAAUAGUCAGGCAGAGAUACCAACUCCGGAUAUCGCUCUUCAUUAUCCACAUUUGCAGGAUAUUGCUCGAGAUCUACAUCCAUUGGAUCCAUCUAUGGAGAUCCUCUUGCUAAUUGGACGGGAUCUUCCAGAAGCCCAUCACGUCAUUGAUCAGCGAUUAGGACCAUCACGAUUUCCCUUUGCUCAACAAUCUCCCUUAGGAUGGACUAUAAUUGGAGACAUUUGUUUGGCUGGAAAACACAUUCCACCAUUACAGGUCAACAGAACCUACGUAGACAGAAGUGGUCGACCUACAAUGUUGGAACCAUGUACACAGAUGUUAAACAUUAAAAACACUGUUAUCACCUCGAAUAAGACUGUAAUUGAGAAAACAGACGUCUUCACGAAAACAUCAGAUGACAACAAAGUUGGUCUCUCGAUUGAAGACCACACUUUUCUGAAUAUUAUGGACAACAAGUUUCAUCUUGAUCCUACUGAGGGUAAAUGGACUGCGCCAUUGCCCUUCCGGCAAAAUCGUGAACAACUUCCAGACAACUACUCACAAGCGUUAUUCCGGGCAAAAUGUCUUGAUGCUUCUCUAAGAAAAAACAACACAAAAAAAGAACAUUUCAUUGCGUUCAUGCAGAAAAUAUUCGACUGUGAUCAUGCAGAACUAGCUCCGAUAAUACCACCUGACAAAGAACAUUGGUAUCUUCCCCUGUUUGGAGUCUACCAUCCUCGUAAACCAGAUCAAAUUCGUGGAGUUUUCGACUCCUCAGCGGAAUUCAAGGGUGUGUCAUUAAAUGAACAAUUGUUACAGGGACCUGACUUCAUAAACAACCUCUUAGGAAUUCUCAUUCGAUUUAGGAAGGAAAAAAUGUAG